UAAAGCUCUUGCCCAUGACUCGUUCCUCUUCCCUAAACGAAGUAAUUACCCAAGACUCAGGGUUGACUUGUCUGAUCAAAUUAUGCCCAUAACAUCAAAGAAACAUCCAGCGUUUAAAUUUCUCACCCCCGGUUUUCCAUGUCACUCUCACUUAUUCUACCACGAAGCUGCACUCUCAGUAACCCCUCUUCAACUUCCCCAAGCACCCCCCUCCCUCCUCUAAAUUUCCAUUUGCCUUCGUUCGAAAUAUCCUUGUUGUAUUCCAUGCUGCUAUAAAUCCAAACCCCAAACCAGAUUCAUCUUUCUCAUUUCCUUUCUCCAUCCCUUCAAAACAAAAUCCAACAUGUUAGAUAACACUAGUCAUCAACAGUUCACUUUAGAGAUGACAGUGGUUUCAGCACAAGGGCUGAAGAACACCUCUUCUUCUCUCUUCUCCCACCGUCUCCGCCCCUUCGUCACCAUCACCACCUUCCCGCCAACCCCAUUCAACGGUGAUAAUGGGCACCACAUGUAUCAAACGAGGGUCGAUGAUCAAGGUGAAGUGAACCCUACUUGGGGUGACAAGUUUCAUGUUCCCAUAGAUGACACCUUCUUUACCAAUAGAUAUUCCUGUAUAAAUCUCCACUUAUUCACCAAAAGACUCAUUGCUGGCCAGGCUCAACUGGGUUGGUGCCAGAUUCCCGCAGCCGACAUAGGUCUCCCACCGGUGGGUUCAGUCAGGCAACUCAGCUACCGGCUGCGAGCUGGAGACGGCACGAGGACUCAGGGGAUUGUCAAUGUAGCUGUGAAGUUGGAAGGUCCAGCAGUCAAGGCUGCCACUCAUGCCCAGCUUUCAGACAACACGUGUCAGACUGUGAUAGGUAUACCGGUGAGGGUUAUGCCAGGUGUGGGGGCGAUGGGUGCUCGUUGGAAAGAGGCAGAGACUGUGACCAGUGCGGGCGUUGUGGGGCAGCUGGGGGUGAUGGGCCCAAUCGGAUGGAGCGGCGGGACAUGAUUAUAGGGGGUGUACAAUGAGAUCGAGUGUACUGUAUGGAUUUUGAAUGUUAUAUAAUUGUGGAUAGAAGCAAUUUAACUGUUUUAUCUUCAACUAUGAAAACAAAAUAUGCUCUGACCCUUUUAAAGUGUGCAAUCAUUGUUUGUUGUAUGAUUUUAUAUUUGUGUUGAUUGCAAUUACAAAUUAAGGUAGGGUUCUGUUCUU